AAGAAUUACUAAGCCGAGUGCCUUUAUAGCAUGAGUAUAGACAUAGAAAUCAGGACUCAGAAUGGGACCAAUACCUCUUUCCCUUGCAACCUCAUGGAUCAAACAACUGCAGACAUUUGUAGGACCAUCGUCUGCGCACUCAUCCUGACAACAUCAAUUAUAGGUAACUCUAUGGUGGCCAUUGUCGUUUACAAAGACCGAAAAAUGAGAACAACAGUAAAUUUUCUGAUGGUUAAUAUGGCUGUUUCUGAUUUCCUGUGCUCAGUUGUCUUUAUUCCAAGGGUCUUGACCGAGAUUCACACCUACGACAACUCUUGGUUGGUCGGGGGAACUACAGGUCUGGUGUUGUGCAAGGUGGUGUACUUUGUAGAGGAUGUCACCGUGGUUGUGUCAUUGUUGACGCUGCUUAUGAUUGCUAUCGAGCGUUACAACGCCAUCUCUUGUCAAUUCCUUCCAGAUACGAUUCCAAGGAAACGAUGUGCAGUAACGAUACUGUCUACUUGGACGCUGGCUUUUUUCAUGAAUACGACGAGUUUUUUCACAUUUCAAAUUUCCAUCGAGGAAGAAGGUCCAUCGUGUCAACAUAGCUGGGACCGGUUGGUAUCAAAUCCAAACAAGGCGAGAGAAAUAGAAUUCCUUGUCCACACAAUUAUAGCUCUAAUGAUUCCUUUCGUCAUUGUAAUCGCCUUUUACGCCGUAAUCCUUAUCAGAAUCAAGCGAACGCCAGUUCCUGGCGAACACACUUCGAUUGGACAGAGGCGAAAACGAAAGCGUGAUAGAAACGUGCUUUACAUAUUGCUUGCAGUCGUCCUUGCAUUCGGCUUAUGCUGGUUUCCAUUUAUAGUCUACUCGUAUUUGGCAACCUACAUUUGGAUGAAAGUGGACUCAGACAUGGAAAUUCCCUGUCACAUGGAAACCUUCGGAGAAUGGGCACUGUAUUUGGCAUAUCUAAAUUCGUCGGUAAAUCCUGUCAUUUACUUUACCUUCUGUGAAAACUAUCGAAAUGGAUUCUACAAACUUAUUUGGCCAUGUUUGUCAACUUGUAAUGUCAAACAACCCCAUGAAAAAGGAACUCACACAUAUGCUCGAUCACGGGUUCAAGUUUCUUGGUACCGGAGCGGUAGAGGUGUGCCUCAGAAUGAGGGAGAUAACAUUCAUUUACAGGUCCAAAAUCAAGAUUGAUAUCUCAAAAACUGGCCAAUAUAACAUAAUCUCGAGACUUUUGACACUCUGAAGAUGAGUGCCAGAUAACAGAGACGUUUUCUUGCUAUUUGAUUGUUUUUAUUUUCUACUCUUCUGGAGAGAGCUUUUAUAGCAGAAUGCGAAAACAAAAUCCUACAUUUUGCAUUAAUAUCUCUUUACGAAUUUGAACUUAAGAAAAAAUUCUAUUAGAACAAAUAUUGAUUCACAGGUAACAUGAAGCUGCGAAAUUAUGAAACAUCAUAAGACAAACACGUUACUGGCAGUACUGUCUGAUUCGUCAGCUCCUUGUUUUUCGUCCUACAAAUUUUGGCUUUGAAAUAUAGCACCUGAAACUCAUUUAUCUUGGGU